UCUGUCAAUAUUUUCAUUUUCAUAUUUUAUAUUAUUUAUUUUUUGAUGAUUAUUCUUUGCCAAAUUAAUUAAAUUAGAGUAAAAUUAAGUAAUCUAAAGGUAUUAGAAUGUAGUCUGAGUUUUUUUGUGGAAGGAUAUGAAUUAGGAAGAAAUUAAUGUGUUAAAAAUGAAGUGCAACGUUCGUGAACUUGCUCAUCUGAGCGAUCAACCUUGUGUUAUGGAAGGAAGGCUAAAUUAUAAGAAGAUAUCAAAUGCUGGAUAUCGUAAUCAGUCAGUUUUCAAGGAAAGAUGGUUUCGACUGGUAAAGAACUAUUUAUUCUACUUUAAAAUAAGUGAAUUGGGCAAAUUUGACACCCGCAGCCCAGCUGGCGUGUUUGUUAUGGAAAACUCUUCAAUUCAGAUGGAGCAUGGCCAAAGCAUUUCAUUCUCAUUUUCAAUAUCUUUUAUUGAUGAGCCGGAGAAGAGGCAUCAGUUUGCGGCGCGCAGUGAAGACAAUGUGGUGCAGUGGGUCAUGAAGCUCAGAGAGUGCUCCUACGAGUAUCUGCGAAGUCGUCUGCACACGCUGCAGUCAAAAAUAUACUCUAUUACUGGAAAGGACCCCCUAAUACUGGUGCCAAGGAACGACGGUGCUUGCCUGUGGGCUCCAGCGAUACCAUUCUCCACCGUCCCGGCGUGCUCCGUCAACACCAGCUCCUUCUCCUGCCACCUGCACACCAACAGCGCCUUCACCCUCGAGCGGAGCAAGUCGGACGUGCAGGCGCACCGCUACUUCAGCAACGGAUCCCCACAGUCCAGGUUCUACACGGAACAGACAGACAAAACCGCCCAACGGGAGCUUUUGAGGUCAAAUCAAAACUUCUCGCUAGAACGCAGUAAGACCUCAGCACUUGGUAACGGUACUGCAAAGCCGAGUGACUCGAUAUUCGAUACUAGGCCAGCGUAUUCCCGGGCGGCCCCGAGCCCACCUGUCAGGGUGAAGCUGUCACCAGCCGCUAGGAGGGCAGAGGGCAGCGAAGAGGUCAAAAAUUUGGUGGAAAAAGGUAAAUAUCUAGGUACUACGGGCAUUCUAGACGAUGCGCCGACGUUGCCGCCGCGCCGGCGCCCCUCCCCUAAACAUACGCGGAGGGAAGAACCCAACUUACCCUUAAGUAGUCAAGCAACCCCCUCCCUUGCCAGUGAAGAAGAUCUUAUUAAGUUUUAGUUUUAAACACAGCCUACGCUUGUUGUAUCCCACCUCGGUAAGAUUAAUUGGAAUUGAUAUUUUUUUAUUGUUUUUAUAUAGUACAAAAACAUCACUAUUACAUUGGCUUGCUGGACUUCGUGAUUAAUAUUUGAAAAUCUUAGCAUUUAGAACCUUCACUAAACUUUAUCAAAUAUUGGAACUUUAUCCAUUGCAUUUCCUACUUAGUAUAAUUUGUAUAGGUACAUCCAAUAGGUUCGUUUCUUUUUCUGAAUUAACUCGCCUAGUGAACUCAAACACGCCAAUUUAAAGUUAGGCACUUAAACCCGCGGUGAUGUUCUAGUACCCUGCGGUUUGUCCUAGAUCUGCCCUAAGACCUAGAUAUUAGUCGUAAGACCCAAGUUAGCAAGUUUUUAUAAGUUUAGUUACGCGAUUGUAAACGAGAAUAGGCGGCAUGUUUUACCCUAAACUUUAAAUUAUUAUGUUACAUAAAUUUACUAAUAGCAUUCAUGAAUUUGGCGCAUUAUGUAAAAUGCAAUUAAAACGGGGAAAGUAAAAAAUAUAUCAUAGGUACUUACCAUGUCUCGAUUUAACGAUAGUCGAACUUACUUUAGUAUUACUAUUUUAUGUCAUUGUAAAAUGAUGAUCCUGCCAAGAGAGACAAUAUUUUUCUAUGAAUCUUUAUAAAUUAUCGAUAGACCAUUAUAUUUAUUGAAAAAAAACAAUGCUAUGUCGAUUUGCCUCGAACUCGAAACCACUAGUAAAAUGUCGGAGUAGUUAGUUCUGAAAAUUUAAUUUAUAUUCAAGAAUAGUUAAGAAUUAAGAAUGAAAUAAUAUUUACCAGUUUUAUACCUAUAACUAACUGGGUUUUCUUGUACCAAUUAGUUUUUAAACUUUUAUAUUCGACGAAAGAGAUUAUUAAUUUAUUUGAACUAAUUACUAAUUCUAGUCAUAGAGUAAUGAACAAAUCAAAUAUUUUUUUACCCAUAAAAGACAAUUAAGAUAAUUUUGCCGUAACAAUAAAUUAAAUAUGGAAUUAUGUGUAAGUUGGCAUUUAGUAAUCGAAAACGCUUUUGUAUAAUAUUGAAUAAAGUUGUAUUUCAUUAUAUAAUUUGGUUUAUUAUAACUUUCCUACUAAGUACCUACUAAUUUGUUAAAAAGUUGAGUUAAAUGAAAAUCCGUAGUUCUUAUUAUAUUGUACUAUAUUUCUUAUGUCAAGCUGAAUAAUUAUAACAAUCACUAAACACAUCAAAACAGUUGGUACAAUAGUUAUCAUUAAUUAAAAGUUAAGCAUAAAAUGACACAGUUAACAUAACUGCAUCUCUAACAGACGAGGCACAGGGUUUAUAAGUAUUUAAUGCACAAACCUAAUAUCACUACAAUAAUAUUGUUCUAGACGCUACUAUACAAAUAUAACAUAUAUUUUUUGUUACGUGCAACUC